GUUGGUACCAAUUGUCGUCCGCAAUGCCCGUAAAAUGAACAUAUUUCUUCAGCGAACUUACCGUGACUACCCCACUUCUCCAGAAACCUCGCCCCUCGGCAAGCUCGCCCGCACUUACUCGACGACACCUGCACGGGUAUCUGAGGAUGGAGGUGAAACAAUGCAUUGAACGAGGUAAGUGAUGUAUUGGAUAAGCAUCUAUCUAGGCUACGUACGCCGUAUAUAUACUCUGUGUAUAUAGAGGCUUACGUAGCCGUACCGUAGAACUGCUAGCUGGCUAAGAAUACGUACUCCGUCAGUAUCAAGCCUCAACCUCGCUCUCACAGCUUAAGUACAUAAUGUCUAGGCCCCAGGUAAUGCUCUGCAUGCGAAGUACAGCUUUGUCACGUCCAAGAAAACGGCAUUCGCAACUAUGAAUCCCGCCCCUAAACAAACCACACGCCACGACCUCCCUGAUGUGGCGCUAGGGGCAUACCUCCUCCCUCAUCUUCCAGGGCUUACUUUACCCAUCGUGUCUACAAAGAUUGGAUAUGGCCAAAGCAAUCCUACAUACUUCGUCGACGAUGCUGUAGGCGAGCGGUACAUCCUCCGGAAGAAGCCAGCUGGAACCAUUAUAAGCCCCGUCGCGCAUCGAAUAGAUAGAGAAUUUAGGGUUCUUGAAGCGCUUGGGAAGGUGAAAGGGUUCCCAGUUCCCAGAGUCUUCUGUCUAUGUACGGAUAGCAAGGUUAUCGGGACAGCGUUCUAUGUCAUGGAGUUUGUUUGCGGGCGCAUAAUCACAGACCCGGACCUUUCUACGCUGAGCAAGGGUGACAGGAGAGCUGCGUGGUUCUCCGUCGUUGAAACGUUGGCGUGGCUGCAUAGCAUCGACCCGGACGCAAUCGGCCUCUCUGGCUUUGGAAAGAAGACAGAUUUCUACAAGAGGCACUGCAAUACCUUCUCGCGCAUCGAGGCACAACAAUCCAAAGUCCUCGACAUCAAGACUGGUAAACCGCUUGGAAGAGCCCAUGAGGCGUUCGACGAGAUCAUCGACUUUGUUCGAAAGAGGGUACCGGAUGAUAGAACAAGCAUCGUGCAUGGCGAUUACAAGUUUGAUAAUGUGAUAUUACACCCGACUGAGCCUCGUGUGAUUGCGAUCCUGGACUGGGAGUUGAGCACGAUUGGACAUCCGCUCAUGGAUACAGUGUAUGUUGUGGGGCCGUACUGGAAUCGAGCGGACGGAGCGCAAGCGGGACCGACGCGAGACGAUAUGGGCGGGAAAGUCUAUGAACCCGAGAAUCUGGAGGCAGAGGGGAUGCCGAGGAUGGACGAGUUGUUGGAUAAGUACGCACAGGUGGCAGGCUGGGAUCCGAGGCAAGACCGGUGGGAAGUUGCGAAAGUGUUUCAUUUGAUGAGGGGCGGAACAAUAUCCCAUGGUAUCCAAGCUCGCACUAUCAGUGGCCAAGCCAGCUCUGAGUUCUCGCAUAUCUACUUUGAAAAUACGCAGCGUAGUCUUGAUGCUGCGCUAAGGAAAGUACGGGAGAUCAAGAUGAAAGAAGGAGGGAAGAGUAGUCUAUGAAUAUUGUAUAGCGUGGAACUAACUUGACUGAUAUCGGCUCCAUGACCUAGGCGCGAACGGAUAAUGUCGCAGCCGCUUGAAGUGGCAAUCCAAAAAAUCCACCUCAAAGUUGCAGUGAAAUCAUGGCUUCUGAUACAUUGAAGACGCGAGCUGGAGUUCUGCGUCUAUUACGCUCAACGAGGUCUAGCCAAUGAAAGCGGUCUGCUC